AUGCCUGGCAAGAAAGGAGCACCUAGCCCACCAGGUUUGCCUGGUCCACCAGAACCUGAUGGUAAGAAGGGCGAUGAUGGAAAAGAUGGACUGCCAGGGCCAACGAUACGUGAGUUCAUCAGAGCCUGUUCGGUCUUCCCGGUCUACAAGGACCACCAGGACCACCAAGACGGCCAGGAGUACCUGGUUCUCAUGGACGUGGGGAAACAGGGUAACGGAAAUGAGUGUGACCAUUGUCCGAUGACACGUUUCGAAUCCGGUUAUAUAUAA